UGGGGGUGGUGUUUUUUGUGGCGUUUUGUCGGUCGGCAUUUUGGACAUACUGUUAUUUUUGACGGUUAUUGUCUUAGUGAUUUGUCGUUUGGUAUUUUGUCUUUGGGCGUUAUGUCCAGUCGGUGUUAUGUCGGGAGUUUCUGACAUUCUAGACAGACUAUAUUUUGUCCUCUGGUAUUUUGGGCAUUAGAUGUUUUGUCCUAUCGUCGUUUUGUCGUUAGGAUUUAUAGAGUGGUCUAAUCCUCGAAAAGGAUAAGGAAAUUUAUCUUCUCCUAAUCAUUCAUGACAUGAUAAUUUAAUUUUAAAUUUAUAAAGAUUUGCAUGAGGCCAAGAGAACAUGAGAAUACUACAGAACACGAUCACAAUCAAAUCAGCAAUUUAACAACUAAUUCUUUGUUGAAUAAAACAAUAGAAAAUUCUGAUGAAGCCUGGCUAACUAGAGAAUUUACUAAUUAUGAAAAGAGCCAAUCAAUGGCCUUGGUAGCUAUUGGAGCUUUAAUUACAAAUAUUCCAAUUGUUACACUUAUUAAUUGGUAUGGACCUAGAUAUUUAUUCACCGCUGUUGGAUUCUUUGGUGCAGUUGCUACAGCUUUAAUUCCUUAUUGUAUGAAAAUGGGGUGGAAUUGGUUUUUACUUGCCAGAGCUUUGCAAGGAAUGGCUUUUGCUGGUGAUAUGGCAACCUUUGGACAUUUUGUUACUUAUUGGACUUAUCAUAAACAAUAUGCAUUUUUUACUGCUACAUUAUGUGUCUACGUCCAAUUAGCCCCAGUAUUCACCAACCCCGUCUCCGGAAUCUUAUGUGAAUCUUCUUGGCGUUGGCCUGGCGUUUAUUACUUCCAUGCAAUUGUUUCUGUUAUUUUAUUUUUGUGUUUCUACUUAUUUUAUCGAAACGAUCCAAACAAGCACCCUUAUGUUAAUGAAUUGGAAAAAAAUAAAAUUGCGAGGGGAAGGGAUUCUCAAGAUUCUCAAGCACAAAAAUAUGUUCCAUAUUUAGAAAUUCUUCGUUCGCCUGCUGCUUGGGCAGUGUUUAUUGGAGGGAUUGGGAAUUUUACUGGAAUUAAUCUUCUUUAUCAGUUUACGCCUACUUAUCUUUACAAGGUUCAAGGCUUCCAAGUAGUCAAAACAGGCUUUAUGGCUGCCUUACCCCCUCUAGGCCAGGCCUGUAUGAAAGAACUAGCCGGACUAAUUAACGACAGAAUCCCUCAAAGUUUAAUGGGGGAAACAACAAAAACCAAAGUUUUCAAUUCAAUCGCUUUUUGUUCAAUGGCUUUUAUUCUCGUUAUCGCUUCCUUUGUGCCUCCAGGGCAUGGAAAUUUGGCUUUGUUUCUUUUAACAGCCUCGGCUUUUUCGCUCGGAUUUAAUAUUGGAGGGUUCUACAAAAGUGGUUCAAUGAUUGCUGGGCCAUAUUCUCCUUUCGUUAUGGGGCAAAUAUCGACUGCAAUGACUGUUACAAUGCUAAUGGUCCCCUUAAUUGUCAACCCAUUAACUCCAAACAAUACUCGACAAGAAUGGGCAUUAGCAUUUUAUGUGCUUGGGGGUAUAAUGGUUUUGUGUAAUAUAUUUUAUUGUUUCUUUGCGAGUGCCGAAUUACAGCCUUGGGCUACCCCCCAGCAUUUCCGUGAACGCAUGCGCAUUAAAGGAAUAAAAAUGAAAGUGCAUGCUAAUGGAAAUGAACAAACUAAAUCUGAAAUGCCAUCAAAUUUGCCUGUUAUAGCUGCCUGA